ACAUCAGAUACAUCCCAAGCCCCUCUGACUACAGUUUUCAGUUAAAACAAAACAAAAACCGUUCUAUUUUUGAUUGUAAUUACUAGAGCCUGACCAAUUUAUUGGCUUGUUUUAUGUUUGUGUUACAAAUAAUAGAUAUCAGCAAUUGUGUUGUUUGUAUUUACUCUUAAAUAUUGAUAGAAAAAAAUCACAAAUCCAGUACUGGUCAGGUUUAAGACUUGUAAAUUGUGCCUUUGUACACAUCAGAACAAAUUUUGACUCAUAAGAUUUAAUGGCGCUUAAAAAUAUUAUCAAAGCAAAGCCAACAUUGCAUGUGCUGUAAAUUGAGUUUCCAAUUCCAUAAAUUCUGUGAACUUUUUAAGUCUAUGGCGCCAAACGUUUCGCCCUCGUGCGCAUGUCCGUUUAAUCAGGAGUCACAGCGAAAAAGUGCUUAGCAGUCUUACGGACGGGUCAGGAAAAUACUCCUCUGGCUGGAUAAGUAUGAGCAAGUUGACAGGAUUCAACCUUGAGGACAUGGUUAAUGUUACACCACUGAAAGGAGGUGGAGAAACACCGGAGCCAAAAGUUGAACAGCUGAUGAGCAAACUAAGUAGGCUCCAACAAGGUAAAAAAGCCCUAGAAGAAGAACUUAAAGACAUCAAAUCUGUCAGUGACUCUUUGCAGAAAGAGCUGGAAACUUUACAAACUGAAGCUUACCGACUGGAGGAAAUCCAUAAAGAAAAAGAAGAGCUGUGUAUGAACCAGCAGAUCCACUGUGAGGAGUCUGAGCAAGACUCUGCCAGGCAGCUAAAGCAGAACGAGCAAAGUGAGGAACUGCUGGAACAGUACAGAUGUGAAAUUCAGGAAUUCAAGCUUAAACAGCGGAAGCAGCGGAUGAAGUUUGAAAACCAACUUCAUCAGCUGAUAGAGCAGCAUAAGAAUCUGCACUCCAUGUUUACUCCAGAAAGGCUCCCGGAUGAAAUAGAGAGAGCUGAGAAUACAAAAUGUCAGCUGCUAUCAGCUGAACAGCUGAAGUUGGCUCAGCUGUGCUGUCUUGAUGAGGAGCUACAAGACGUGAGGAAACAGAAGCAGUUGGAAAAAAAAGCUGCAGAGACUCAGGAGCAGUAAAACUACAUGUUCAGUGGUUUUAGAGAAUCAGAGGUAAACUUCCUUGUUUUACUACCAGAUAGAGGCACUUUGAACACUCAUCUAUUUUGUCAGGUGAAAACCACAAAUUUCCCAAACAUCAGCUUCUGUGUUUCAUUGGCCCAAGGGUUGUAGAAUCCUGCCAAACCCAUACAGUAAAAAAACUACUUGAGUUGACCUCAAAAUUAAAUGAAAAUAACCAGAAUUUUAGUCACAACUUGUUGAUUUGUACCAGUGAGAUACAAGUAAAAAUAUUUGCGGACAAAACUCUAUUUAUUCCAGUGUCCUUGGCUAUUAUUAUCUACUAUUUACUGCUUUGAUACUAUUAACUGUUCUGUGAGGCAUGGGCUUGUUUUUGUGAUCCAGUUUAAUGUUGGAAUAUCUGCAAAUUUGAUGUGUUUAUGAAACCUGAAAUAUUUUACAUUCUGUGACCAGUGAAUGCUGUUUUUGAGAUAUGUAGAUGAUAGUAGUAGUAGUAGUAGUAAUAUUGUGUAUUGAUGAUUGAUUGAUUGAAAGGUGUUCAUAUAUUUAAAAAAAAAAAAAAAAUAGUUUCUAUGUUGUGACAUUGCUAUUAAAAGGAUUUUAUUAUUUUAAUCUUAGAGAACCUAUAAAUGAAGAGCCAUUCAGGAAAUAUACAGACCUACAGCAUACAUGUGCACACAGCCACAUUCAACUUCGGUUUUAAGAGAUUUAAUAAAACACUCGUUGCAGUAGUUCAAAUACAAUGUAAUACUAUUUUAGGUUUUUAAAAAUAAGACAUGUACCCUGUGGAACUGAUUCCCCCUUAAUUAAUGCCAAUUACUUUUUACAGCCAAUACCACAUACUUAUAAAAAUGGAGAUAAGGCACGUUGAUAGCACAGUGAGGGUGAUCAUAAUCAAAUUUGUUACUUAUAUUGUCAACAAGACCUUUUUUUACAUAAAUAUAUACAUAUAACCUUGUAUAGAAAACAGUGUAACCCCUGAAGUGUUCUUUUGAUGUACUGUACGAAAAAACACUAAACAUUAAAUGGUUUGAUGUUCAGUUGAGCUGUCAAGCAGCCUGGGAACUCUAUCAUA